AUGACUUCUGCUACAGCCGCUACCAUCCGCCAUCUAGUCUCCAUCAAGGAUUUAUCCGAUGAUGAAUUCCAAAUAUUAGUCAACAGAGCUGAACAUUACAAAAAAAUCUUCAAGAAUAAUGAUGUCACUGAUGCCCAAAAGAACCAUCUAAAACUACUAGGUAAGACCAUUGCCCUAAUAUUCACAAAGAGAUCCACUAGAACCAGAAUUUCCAGUGAAGGUGCUGCUGCCUUCUUUGGUGCGCAACCAAUGUUUUUGGGUAAAGAAGAUAUUCAAUUGGGUGUUAACGAAUCUUUUUACGAUACCACCAAGGUUGUCUCCUCUAUGGUGUCUUGUAUAUUUGCUCGUGUAAAUAAGCAUGAAGAUAUUCAAGCCCUAUGUAAAGAUUCCGCCGUCCCUAUUAUUAAUUCUUUAUGUGACAUGUAUCAUCCAUUGCAAGCCAUUUGUGAUAUGUUGACCAUUAAAGAGCACCUUGGUGUCUCUACGAGUGACAAAAGAUUAAAGAUUACAUGGAUCGGUGAUGCUAACAAUGUAAUAAACGAUAUGGCUAUUGCCUGUCUAAAAUUAAAUAUGGAUGUUUCUAUUGCUACUCCAGUCGGUAUUGAAAUGGAUCAAACUAUUGUGGAUGCUGCUAAGAAGAUAUGCGCCAAGAAUGGUACCUCUUUGGAAUUGACUCAUGAUUCCAAAUUGGCUUCUAAGGGUGCACAUGUACUAGUGACAGACACUUUUGUUUCCAUGGGAGAAGAAUUUGCCAAGGAGGCCAAAUUAAAACAAUUUAGCGGAUUCCAAAUCAAUAACGAACAUGCCAGUUUGGCUGAUCCUAACUUCAAAUUUAUGCAUUGUCUACCAAGACAUCAUGAAGAAGUUACCGACGAUGUCUUUUAUGGCGAACACUCUAUCGUCUUUGAUGAAGCUGAAAAUAGAUUAUAUGCUGCCAUGGCCGCUAUUGACGUAUUUGUUAUUAACAAGGGUAAUUUCCAUGACCUGAAAUAG